GUGGCAACACAUUCCUCUGCACUGCAUUUACUCAGCCAGUUCACUCUAAGAGCCACUGACACCAGUUAGACUCCAGUUAAUCUCCAGUUAGAGACCAGUUAGACACCAGUUAAACUCUUGCUAGACUCCAGUUAAUCUCCACUUAUAAACCAGUUAGACUCCAGUUAAACUUGACUUAGACUCCAGUUACAGACAAGUUAGAGUCCAGUGUGAGUGUGCAGAGAUGAAGUUGCUGUUGCUGUUGUUGCUGAUGGAGCAAGUUGCAGCUCAGCAGAGAGGUCUGUUCCCAGCCAUCUUUAAUUUGGCCAGUAACGCAAAGAUCAGCAGUAACGCAACAUGUGGAGAUCCAGAACCUGAAGUUUACUGUAAACUGGUGGAACAUGUUCCAGGACAGCCAAUUAAGAACCCUCACUGCGCCAGAUGUGACGCCAACUCUGUCCUGUCGAAAGAACGCCAUCCGAUCACCAACGCCAUCGACGGGACAAAUCGGUGGUGGCAGAGUCCGAGUAUCAAGAACGGACGAGAGUUCCACUGGACUACUAUAACUCUGGAUCUCAAACAGAUCUUUCAGGUCGCUUACAUCAUCAUUAAGGCAGCAAACUCUCCUCGACCAGGUAACUGGAUCCUGGAGCGCUCUCUGGACGGUGUGACCUUUGACCCCUGGCAGUUUUAUGCCAUCAGUGACUCAGAGUGUUUGACUCGUUACAACAUGGCGCCGAGACUCGGACCGCCGACCUACAAGAGCGACACUGAGGUCAUCUGUACAUCCUUCUACUCCAGACUGGACCCACUGGAACACGGAGAGAUCCACACCUCUCUGAUUAACGGACGACCCGGAGCCGAUGAUUUGACCUCUGAUCUCCUGAACUUUACAUCAGCUCGUUACAUCAGACUGAGGCUUCAGCGAAUCAGAACGCUCAAUGCUGAUCUGAUGACGCUGAGCGCCCACGACCCCCGAGACAUUGACCCCAUUGUCAGCCGGAGGUAUUAUUACUCAAUCAAAGACGUCUCUGUCGGCGGCAUGUGUAUCUGUUAUGGCCACGCCCAGAGCUGCCCACUGGACCCUGUCACCAAGAAGUUGCAGUGUGUAUGCGAACACAACACCUGUGGAGAGAACUGUGAUCAGUGUUGCCCUGGUUACCACCAGCAGCCAUGGCAACCAGGAACCGUCUCCGAUGGAAACACUUGUGAAAAGUGUAACUGUCACAACAAAGCCGAUGACUGUUUCUACAAUCAGACCGUCUCUGAACUCUCUCUGAGUUUAAACAUUCACGGCGUUCAUGAGGGAGGCGGAGUCUGUAUCAAUUGUCAACAAAACACCGCUGGGAUCAACUGUGAGACCUGCGUUGCUGGAUACUACAGACCUGCCGAGGUGUCUCCACAUGCAGACUCUCCCUGUGUCCAGUGUAACUGUGACCUCAGAGGAUCACAGUCUUCAGUUUGCACCUCAGACGACACACAGACAGGUGUGUCUGCAGGUCAGUGUGUGUGUAAGGAGGGUUUUACAGGUCAACAGUGUGAUCGCUGUGCGUUUGGAUUCAGAGAUUUUCCUCUCUGUAUUCGAUGUGAGUGCAACCUGUCUGGCAGCACCAAUACCGAUCCCUGCAGCCCCUGCACCUGCAAGGAAAACGUGAUGGGCGCUCACUGCGAUCUGUGUAAACCAGGUUUCUACAACCUUCAGGAGAGAAAUCUGCUCGGUUGCACUGACUGUUUCUGCUUCGGUGUGUCUGAUGUCUGUGAGAGCUCCGCCUGGGCCACAGCUCAGGUGCUUCAUACAGAUGCGUGGCUCCGCCCCUCUCAGUCCCCCAACACACCACCUGUUCUCCACGGUAACGACGUCCCUAUCCCCAACAACUCUUCUGGCCACACCCACCAACACGUGCUGUCUUGGUCAGCGCCCAACAGUUUCCUCAGAAACAAGCUGGUGUCCUACGGAGGUUUCCUGAACUACUCAGUGAUUUAUGACAUCCCAUUGGACAAUGAAGACCAUUCUCUCCCUGCCCACUCUGACAUCAUCAUUGAGGGAAACGGUAGAGUUCUUCGUCUCUCACCUCCUCUCCUCCUCUUCCUCUCUGAGCUGUCUGUGCGCUCAGUUGCUGUCGUAAUGACCCCGCAGCAAUUUGUAGACAUUCAGACAGGUUUUCACAUUACCCGCGAUGACCUGCUGUCAGUCCUGGCUGAUGUGACAUCACUGACUGUCAGAGUUCACCUUAACACCUCUGCUGAUGGGCCGAUACGCCUCAGCACAGUGUCUCUGGAUGUUACUGACUCUGGGUCAGUUUCUGGCAUUCAGGCAGUUUCUGUGGAGACAUGUGAAUGUCCGUGGGGUUACAGCGGCACUUCCUGUGAGGCAUGUCUCCCAGGUUUCUACAGGGUGGGCGGAGUCUUGUUUGGAGGAAACUGUCUGCAGUGUGAAUGUAAUGACCACGCCUCCGAGUGUGACAUCGAUGGAGUUUGUCUGGGUUGUACCCACAACACCACUGGUCCUCACUGUGAUCAGUGUCUUCCUGGUUUCUAUGGUGACGCCACAGAGGGGACAGCAGACGACUGCGGGUUGUGUCCAUGUCCUCUGACUGAGCCGUCCAACAGUUUCAGUCCCACCUGUGCUCUUGACGCGUCUGGUCAGGUGUCAUGUGACCAGUGUGAGGAUGGAUACACAGGAACCAACUGUGAGAGGUGUGCCAGUGGUUUCUAUGGUAACCCACAGGUAGUGGGCAGGGCCUGUGUCCGUUGUGACUGUAACGGUAACGUGGACAUCAGACAGGCGGGGCACUGUGACACCAUCACCGGGGAAUGUCUGCGUUGCCUCGGCAACACUGCUGGGAGGCACUGUGAGGUCUGUCGGCCUGGUUACUAUGGUGACGCUGUGCAUGCAAAGGACUGUCAAGAGUGUGGCUGUGAUGUCAGCGGCUCCCUCUCCAACGUAUGUGAUGUCACAACAGCUCAAUGUUCGUGCAGAGAAAAUGUGACGGGACGCACCUGUGACCGCUGCCAGCCUGGCUUCUUCGGGCUGCAGAGUGGACGGGGCUGUCAGCCCUGUGACUGCAGCCAAUCAACAUCCCUCUCUGAGUCAUGUGAUGAGGAGGGGCGGUGCCAGUGUGUGGAGGGCGUGGCUGGAGACAAGUGUGACCGCUGUAGCCAUGGUUACUAUGGUUUCCAUGCCAACGGCUGCAAAGCAUGCACCUGUGAUGACACAGGAGGAAACUGUGACCCUGACAGCGGCAAGUGCGUCUGCCCCGCCCACACAGAGCGAGACUCCUGCGACAGGUGUGAGAAGGGUUACUGGGGUCACGACCCCACCACAGGCUGCAAGAUCACCCUGGGCCGCUCUCCUCGUCUGCUCUCAGUGGUCAGUCAGUCCAACCUGCAGGGUGUCGUAUCAGGAGUGUACCAGCAGGGCGGAGACAUGCUGCUCGACACCAGACAGCUCAACACCAGCAGGUUGGCUGGCCCGCUCUACUGGAGACUGCCCCCCCAGUUCGAAGGCCCACAGCUGAUGUCAUACGGCGGUCUGCUGUCUUACAUCAUCACCUUUUACGCUGAGGAUGGCUCAGGAUUGUCCAAUCAGGAGCCUCAGGUCCUAAUAAGGGGCGGGACCAUGAGGAAGCUGGUGAUAUAUACUGACAUGAUCGUCCCUAGCAACAGCAUCAGGACACGUCAUGACAUCACGAUGACAGAGCACAAGUGGAAGUAUUUUAACUCAGUUUCCGAGAAGUCGGUGAGUCACGCUGACUUCCUGUCCGUCCUCAGUGAUGUCGAGUACAUCAUCAUCAAGGCUUCGUACGGGACACAAUUGCAGCAGAGCAGGAUCUCUAACAUCACCAUGGAGACAGCAGUGGAGGCGGGGUCAGAUGAAGAAGGCGUGGCCAGACUGAUCGAGUCCUGCACCUGUCCACCUGGUUACACAGGACUGUCCUGUCAGGACUGUGCUGCAGGUUAUUUCCGUCAGCCUCUGUCUGAGUUGUCAUCUCAGAGUCAGAAGUCUCUGUUUGUUCAACCUUGUGUUCGAUGUCGCUGCAACAACCACAGUGAGAGCUGUGACAUGGAGACUGGAGCCUGUCAGGGCUGCCAACAUCACACCAGUGGGCGGAGCUGUGAGCUGUGUGCUCCGGGGUAUUAUGGGAACGUCAGCGGCUCCAUCAGCGACUGCUCGCUGUGUGCCUGCCCCCUUCAGGACAACAGUUUCAGUCCCACGUGUGUGUCAGAUGGAGCCCUCGGUGAUCUCCGCUGCACCGCCUGUCAAACAGGAUACGAGGGGAGAUACUGUGAGAGGUGUUCUGUUGGUUACUAUGGUAACCCCUUAUCGGUGGGCGGGGUGUGUUCGCAGUGUAACUGCAGUGGGUGGGGCUCACUGCAGCCGCUAUGUGACCCGCUGAGUGGACAGUGUGAGUGCAAGGCUGGGGUCACAGGUCUGUCAUGUGACCAGUGUGACGAGAGGCACGUCCUUCAGGCAGCGGAGUGUGUGUCGUGUGAUGACAAGUGUUCCGGUGUUCUGUUGGAUGACCUGGAAAAACUACACAACCACUUUCUGUCUGUCAACCUGAGUGCUGUCACCAUGGCGCCGUACCGCCAGCUGGUGUUACUGGAGAACCAGACCAGAGUCAUCCAGGUGGCGUUUUCAGAAAACAGCUCGGUCGCUCUUCGUCUGUCCAGAGUGGAAGAUGAGCUCAGACAUCUGACCUCUGACCUCAGCACCCUGCUGCAGCAGUCAAAAUCUAUUGAGCACCUCUCAGAGUCUCUCGUCCACUCGCUGCAGGUGGACCUCCUGUCCAGCAGGAUGGAGGUUGACAACAGGCUCCGACUCCUCUCAGCCCCCCUCACUGUUGGCAUGGAAACACUGCAAUAUGCACACACACAGCUGACCAAAACCGCGCAACAAAACACACAAACACACACUCUGCUGGACGACGCACACACAUUGCUGCUCGACUACCAGUCUGUCCACAGGAACCUGAGUGUGGACCGUCUGUCUGUGGAUGCAGUGAUGGAGGAUAGUCAGCUGCUGCUGGACGAUACCGUCAGUCUGACAGAGGAGUUAACCAACACCACCUCACAGGUGGAGGUGUUCCGCGGUCACCUGGAUCAGUGGCAACCCCUGCUGAGGAAACAGGUGGACAGUCUGGUCAUUGGACUGGAGGUUACUGAUGCUUUGGAGAAUGUUUACCAUGCCGAAAGCCACGCCCUCCGGUUUCAGAGCCACGCCCACUCCAUGCACAGCUCUCUGUCAUCAGUUUGUAAUGUAACAAAUGCCAGCCGAUUAGUUCAGCUUGACAGUGACAUCACACACCAAGUUGACUCCGCCCAGCAGGUUGCUGUGACCGCCCACAUCUCCGCCUCUGUCGCUCUCAAUGUGACCGUCCUAUCAGAGCAGCUGAUGUCAGAGGAGGGCGGAGCCAAACUGAAAGUCAGCACCGCUGUUUUAGAAGAAAGUCGACAGAUCAACGAGACGUUCAAAGACCUGCGGCUGAAUGUCUCCACGGUAACCAGCAGACUGCUAUUGGUCAGAGAUGGCAUCCAUAACUCCACCCUCUUCCUCCGUAAGCCAACCAAAGAGCUGCAGAGCUUCUCUAACAGUUCAUUCAUGGUGCUGCAGCAGACUCACCUUCAGGCUGCGGCAGCACGCUCCGACCUGCAGGAGGCGCUGCGGUGGCUGCACAGACUCAGGCUGCAGCUGCAGGAUUCUUCCUCUGUGGUGGAAAACACCAACAACACAGUUACUGAGACAAACCGGCUGGUGACUUACACUCACGCCGAAGCCAAUGAGGUGCAGCAGAAGCUGGAGGAGGCAGAGCAUCGUACAGAGCGUCUGAUGGGUCGGAUCAAACCGCUGAGCAUGCUGGGAGAAACACUGAGAAGGAAUCUGUCAGACAUCAGAGAGCUGAUCGAUCAGGCCAGAAGACAGGCUGCCUCGGUGGACUUCCUGGCGGUAGAGAUGCAUGACGGGAAGGUGUCUCUGGUGUGGGAUGUGGGUUCAGGCAGCAGCAGGCUGGAGUUUCCUGGACUUGACAUCACCAACAACAGGUGGACCAGGAUCAACGCCACACGGUUCGGGGCACAUGUCUCUCUGUCAGUCCAUCAGCUGGAGUCAGAGUCGGCUACAUUGCCCGUGAUAACAGCAACAUCACCGGGACCUUCCAGAGUUUUAGAUGUGGACAAAAACACAGUGAUCCACAUUGGAGGACUGGGAUCUCACACUCAGCGUCCGGCCAUGCUGCGGUCCUCCACCUUCCAGGGCUGUCUGGGUGAAGCAUCUCUCAAUGAGAGAAACAUCGGACUCUGGAACUACAACAGCAGAGAGGGAGAGUGUGGAGGCUGCUUCAGCAGUCCACAGGCGGAGGAGACGUCGUUCCACUUUGAUGGAUCUGGAUUCUCAUUGGUUCAGAAGUCUCUGCGAGCGACCUCCACCUCCAUCGUCCUGCUGUUUAAAACCCUGUCGCCGGGCGGAUUACUGCUUUACCUGGCCUCCAACAACACUAGAGACUUCCUGUCCAUGGAGCUGGUGGAGGGGCUUGUCCGUCUAACCUUUGACCUCGGCUCAGGUUCUCUGAUUCUGACCUCUAACAGGAAGUACAACACCGGAGUCUGGUACAAGAUCACUAUACAGAGGAACAAACGCAAAGGUUACCUGUCCAUCAUGGCAGCCGACCAAUCAUCAGACAAGGAGGUGUUGGAGGCGGAGUCACCUGGAACUGCCUCUGACUUGAACCGCUCCGACCUGGACCCCAUCUACAUCGGAGGACUUCCUGCCUCCAGACCAAUAAGGCGACAGGUAGUCUCCAGAUCGUAUGUGGGCUGCAUAAAGAACGUGGAGAUCGCUCGGUCGAACUUUGACCUACUGAGAGACGCAUACGGAGUCAGGAAGGGCUGCGUCUUGAAGGCGGUACGCAGUGUGUCGGUGUUGGCCGAAGGCUUCGUUCAGAUCGCUCCUCCAUCAUUCCGUCAGGAAGCAGAGCUCCUCUUUUCCUUCUCUACCAACAACCAAUCAGGAGUCCUGCUGGCUGCCUUUAGUGACGACCAUACACAGAGACAGCACUUCCUGUCUGUCCACCUGGUCUCAGGUGCAUUAGAGGCGGAGCUUGGUGAGGUAGGCGGGGCUACUCGGAGGGUGAUGGUGAUGAAACCUAAUGGAGGAUCCUUCAGUGAUGGGACAAAACACUCUGUGAUUAUCACCAUAAGCAGGAAGUCUCUGUCCAUGCAGGUGGACGAGGGACACAUCAAGUCUGUCUCUCUGUUGCCGGGCGGAUUUUCUCGUUUGUCACCGGCCUCUUUCUUCAUUGGUGGGCUGCCAUCAGGGGAGGUGUCUCGUCUGCCAAUCAGAUUACAGAAUGUGUCCAGGUGGUUCAGAGGCUGCAUCCAACACCUGGUGGUGGGCGGAGUGCUGGUCGACCUAUCAGGAGCUUUGAGGUAUGAGGGGGCGGAGCUCGACAGCUGCCUAUUGGAAGAAAAGGUCGCGGGGGCAGUACUACCUGAUGACCAGGAUGUAGAACCAACUCCUGACCCCGUCCACCCGCCUGUGGCCCCACCCACACACCUGAGCGCCCUGACACCUGGAACAUUAACGUGUGUGUCGGAGGCGGAGCCGACCUUCCUGCCGUCAGCGGUUCAGUUUGGUUUGUCCAAACACAGUCACAUGACCUUCAUCAUUAAUCCCAACACUGUCAAAAGGAGUGUGUCGCUGAGGUUGUCAGUUCGGAGCAGAGCUGCAGACGGGCUGAUCCUCCUCCUCUCUGACUCCAAACAGAUGGACUUCAUCGUCCUCAGACUGACGGGGGGGAGACUGAUAAUGUCAGCUGACCUGGGGAAAGGCCCUGCCUCCGUCACCUCAUCCACGGUUGUUAAUGACGGAGAGUGGCACACUGUGAGCGCCGAGGUCAGCCGGCGGUCUGUGUCAGUGUCUGUUGAUGGGUCACAUCCGGACGCUGUGUCUGUUAAAGGAAACCAGCUGGACGUGGAGAGCAGAGUCUACCUGGGAGGACUGCCGCACACGCUGCCCACCAGGAGGAUUAACGUGAGCAGCAGUUUUCCAGGUUGUAUUCGCUCUGUCAUUCUGAAUGGAGCCACAUUGGAUCUGUCCAAGCCCACCUCGCAGCAACAUGUCGUUUCCUGUUUCACCAAAGACCAGACAGGAAGUUACUAUAACGGCAGUGGAUACGCUGCCCUCAUGCGUGAUGGGUACAAGGUGGGCUCAGACGUGUCUGUGUCUCUGGAGUUUCGAACAAGCCAAUCAGAGGGAGUGUUUUUAGGAAUCAGUAGUGCAAAGGUGGACGCUAUCGGACUGGAGAUGAUUGAUGGACAGGUGGUGUUUAACGUGAAUAACGGGGCGGGGCGAGUGUCGGUUCGUUCUGUUGGUCACAUGUUGUGUGACGGACGGUGGCACCACCUGCUGGCCAGAAAAAACAAAAACACCCUGAGUCUGAGUGUCGACGGGCGGAGUUACACUACCCCCAACCCUUACCCACAAUCCACCUCUGCUGAGACCAACAACCCAGUUUACCUGGGUGGGUUUCCAGCUGGAGUCAAACAGAACUGCCUGUCCAUCAGCACCAGGUUCAGAGGUUGUCUGAGGAACCUGCAGCUUAUUAAGUCUCACCUGAGUGAUGCUCUGGACCUGAGCUCCGCCAACUUCCUGUUGGGUGUCACUCCUAACUCGUGUCCUGUAUGGGAGCAGCGCCCAGCCGAGCUCUGAUUGGUCCAUAUACUGUUGGAUUGUUAAAGCUGAUGUCUGUAACUUUGAUCGGACCGCUUGAACAUGAACCAAUAAAAUAAUCUGAACCUUCAA